AUGGUUCUCGAACAGGCGAAAGCCAAAGCCAUACGAUGGUUGGAGGAUAAUCGAGGACUUGUGAUAGUGGUGUUCUGUUUGCCAGCUAGUUUUCUAUUCGACCUGUUCAUCCAAUUUCGUAUCUGGCUUGACCGCAAGCUUUCGGUUACCACUACCCACCAACACCGCGUUCAAAAAAUCCAGGACCAAGUCACAGAAUGGAGUAAGCUCCCAGCAUCCGAAAAGAAGCCUUUGUGUACAGCAAGACCUAAUUGGUUGAGUUUAUCUACCACAUUUUUUGAUAAGAAAAAGUGCCACCAAGUGCCCAUCGACCUCCAUGACGUUUUAUCCCUUGAUGAGGACAACUUGACAGUCACCGUUGAGCCGAAUGUUACAGUUCGAGAGAUCUGCAAGUACCUGAUUCCAAAAGGAUACACUCUUGCUGUCACCUUGGAAAUUGGAGAUGCUACACUUGGAGGGCUUGCAUUUGGAGUUGGUAUGACAACAUACUCACACAAAGUAGGACUCUAUCAAGAAGCAAUCGUCAGCUAUGAAGUUGUCACCGCCGAUGGAAAAGUCAUCCAUGUCACAGACUCCAAUGAGCAUUCUGAUUUGUUCUAUUGUCUUCCAUGGUCCCAUGGAACACUCGGAUUCCUUGUUGGGCUUACUCUGAGGAUUGUGAAAGUCAAGCCUUAUGUGCAUAUGAAAUACAUUCCAUGUCACUCCCAAGAAGAUUACUGCAAAAAGAUCAUGGAACUAUCUGGAGCUACUGACAGGGAUACAAAGGUGGCUGACUACUUGGAAGUGACUAUUUAUAACAAAGAAGAAGCUGUUAUCAUGGUCGGAAAUUUCGCUGAUGUGGACCCAAGAAGCAAGGCAAAGGUAAACGAUGUUUGUUGGUUUUACAAGCCUUGGUUCUACAAGCAUGUGGAAACAUUUCUAAAGAAAGGAGGCGAAGAAUACAUUCCACUAGAAUCUUAUCUUCUACGUCACAACCGCGCCAUCUUCUGGGUUUUGGAAAGCAUGAUUCCAUUUGGAAACCAUCCAGUAUUCCGUGCUUUCCUCGGAUGGUUAUGUCCACCAAAACCAGCUUUCCUGAAAUUUACCACCACUCAAGCAGUCAGAGAAAUGACAUUCGCCAAGCAGGUCUUCCAAGAUAUUGUCAUGCCCUUGGACACUUUGAAAGAGCAAGUCGACACUGCUGUGAAGCUUUUCGACACUUAUCCUCUUUUGGUUUACCCAUGCAGAAUCUAUAAUCAUAAGGGAGGAGCACCACAAGGACAGUUAAGAGCCCCUCCAAAGUCUAGACUUGUACCAGGAACCAACUAUUCCAUGUUCAAUGAUCUUGGAGUCUAUGGUACACCAGGACCAGUGGAACGUCGUGAACCGUACAACCCAACCUACGCGAUGAGAGCAAUGGAGAAAUUCACCCGUGACGUCGGAGGUUACUCGUUCUUGUACGCCGACAUAUUCAUGAACGAGGAAGAGUUCAACGAGAUGUUCGACAUGACUCUCUACAAUCAGGUCCGCGGCAAAUACCAUUGUGACCGAGCAUUCCCGAGACUUUAUGAUAAAGUCAAGCCAGAAAUCGAUGUGAUUGCUAUCGGAGAGACUUAUGCUAUGAAGAAAGAUGACUAA